CUCAAGACAUCUGGAGGUCCUCCUCAAUCUCCAGUCUCUGGUCAUCCCCUGUACCGUGUCCGCGGUCUCUGGUCAUCCCCUGUACCGUGUCCGCGGUUUCUGGUCAUCACCUGUACCGUGUCCGGGGUCUCUGGUCAUCCUCUGUACCGUGUCCGCGGUCUCUGGUCAUCCCUUGUACCGUGUCCGCGGUCUCUGGUCAUCCCUUGUACCGUGUCUGCGGUCUCUGUCAUCCCGUGUCUGCGGUCUCUGGUCAUCCCCUGUAUCGUGUCUGCAGUCUCUGGUCAUCCCCUGUACCGUGUCCGCAGUCUCUGGUCAUCCCCUGUACCGUGUCCGCAGUCUCUGGUCUUCCCCUGUACCGUGUCCGCAGUCUCUGGUCAUCUCCUGUACCGUGUCCGCAGUCUCCGGUCAUCCCCUGUACCGUGUCCGCAGUCUCUGGUCAUCUCCUGUACCGUGUCCGCAGUCUCCGGUCAUCUCCUGUACCGUGUCUGCAGUCUCUGGUCAUUUCCUGUACCGUGUCCGCAGUCUCUGGUCAUCCCCUGUACCGUGUCCGCAGUCUCUGGUCAUCCCCUG